AUGGCUUUCGGUUGUGGGUCAUUUUCCGGUUCAUCCUCGCCAGCAGUCGAAUCCAUACAGCCACACCAGGUCUCGGUUGUCUUGUUAAGCAGACUCGGCGUAUCCUCUUUGCGAGAUUUAGAACCUGAUUGCUGCGCUAGCCUUUUGGCGAAGCUCCAAAAGGAGGAGGUUUUUACAGGAUUACUGCUUGAUGGCGGUCUGGUUAUCACAACCCGUUCCGCUGUGCUUUCAAAAGAGGCAGCAGCAGGCUUGCAUUUGCUGGCGUUCUCGGCUCCCGUUUUACGCAAGAACAAGAGAGGAGCUCACGCGACGGCUCAGCUGAUUUGCGCACCCAAACCUCUAUCUCCAGAGAGUCUUGGAAUCGGCUCGAAUGCGGUUCUGCUCGUCUAUUACUUCACUGCUCUACUGGCCUCGAAUCCGGUGGAAACACGCAAAAUCGGUAUUCAGUUUUCUCGCUCUCGCUCUUUUCUGUCAAGCAAAAAUGACAAGUCAGGUGGCCAGUGUGAUUUGGUAGUGCCAAGCUGUGUUUUGUUCAACAACGAUGGUGAAGUUUCCUCCAUCGUGGACCAUGACGCAUUAAGCAAGGCUCAAGCUCAUGCUACGCCUAUGAGUGCGAUUCUUGAGUGGAUUUUAAGUAUGUAUGACAUGACUGGCACCAGCAUAAGGCUUCCUCCCAUCGGCUUUCCCAACGAAAACGUCACCAGUGAGCAUAUCUUGCCAGAAGCAGCAGUAGAGGAGCGGCUGACGGAAUCAGUACCAGUGACUAGUUACGACGCCACCCCAGAAGCUGCAUCUGACUCUGUGCCUUGUUCCUUGAACACAAGCGUGGAGCAAAGGGUUGAAGAUUCGGUGGAGGGUGAUUCAUCAGCUCCUGAUGCUGUGAAUGCAAGUUCACCAACCGAUCAAGUUAACGAGACCAAUGUCACUGCAAGCUCUGACACUGGCCUGGGUGCUGCUAACUCAACAGGUGAUGAUGUGGAAUGCCAUCCUGUGGAAGUGACUUCUACUAAUCAGAUGGCGGCGGAUGACGUGGAGAGUGCUCAUGUCGACAUCAUUGCUCCCAUGCAAUCCGCUGAGAAGCAGAAGCUGACUCAUGACGAGCUCAAAGCACGCAUAAUGGGUUAUGGCAACACGAGUGGUUUGAUGAAGAGACAGAGUGCUCGAGCAGACGUUUCCAGGCAUGCGGAACUAGCUAAUAUAGCAGCUGGAGUGCAGAUAUUGUCAGGUGGGCCAAAAGAAACCACCUCCAACAGCUCCUCUGCAAAAGGGAGAGGUUCUGAGGGUGGCUUCAUUGGGGAGACCGGCAGCACCUCAUGUAAGCCCGCACUUUGGCGAUUCGGAUCGACAGGGCAGCACGCAGCUGCAGCCACAGCAGCAUCAGAUGGAGCAGGCCACGAGGGAGUCUCUCAGAAUUCUGCAUUGAAGAAUCUGUCAUCCCUGCAGAUGAUCGUUGCUGCUCCUGUAGCAGCAUUUGUCGAACUGGGUUCAAAAAUGAGUGGUGCAAUGGUGGAUCUUGGUGGUGCAUUCAGGAGAAACCAGGAGAAUGAUGACCACAUGGCUGAAAUGAGUGAAUUGGACAGGAAGAAGCUACAGGAACAAGAGGUGCGCAGACAAGAUGCAUACAAAAAUGCUGCUGCAUCCCUCUUUAAAACGAGUCACCAUCAGGAGAGGCUAUCUACCCCAGACCCGCAAGCCCUCCCACCUGAUAUGGAGCACCCUGAAAACGGUUCAUGCCUGGACCAAGUUGCUGACGUUGAGGUUGAUGAUGCAAAAGGCUUGGAGUCACAAGCGAGUGCAGAGGCUGGUUGCAGCGUUCUGUUUGGAGCAAAACAAGGUGAUGAGAAGGAUGGAGAUGGUUCCAGCAAAAGGAAUGGGGCCGCUGAGGUUAGUGGGGAUGGGGUCAGUGAAGGGAGAAGACCAUGUGAGCUGGAUGGAGGUGCCUAUGCGUGUGAUCAUUCAACAGCCUUGAGCGGAAGCCUCAGCAUGGAGUUGUCCAAAGAGUUGAAGGGCGAGCACUCGUCAGAGAUUGUUGUCGGUAAUGUCUCUCGGCUGGAGGGGCGCAUUGGGGGACUGGAGGCGCCUACUCCUCUUGCUUCACGUUCCAACUCAGGAGUCCCACCUACCAUAAGGAAGGGAGCCAUCGCAACAGCUCUGCAUGACAAAGGAACAGAUGUGGCUCAGGGCUCCAAUGCUGAAGGUUCCGAGCCUGAGGGGGAAGGAGAAGAUAAGUCUGAUGGAGCUGAUGGUGCCUCUCAGCGCCUUGCUGAGAAGCGUGGAACUGACCCACCAGGGGGUGCUGCUGAUGGGGCGAGUGCAUGCAUGGACAAGCCGUUGGAUGAUGUUGGUGGUAGUGAUGGCAUUGGAUUGCAUGGAGCGCAAGGGAACCAUUUAGUGGGCAAAGGAUCUGCAGCAACAAUGUUGGGUAAGGUUGAAGUCACGUUAUCCAGCUCCCCUACUCAGGCUGAAGUGCAGGCACUUCAGCAGCCAUCCCAGACUGCAACUGCCAAUCAGGACCCCUGGGCGAGCAAGGCGGAGCACAAGACCCCAGUGAAGGCAGUCCCUCCUCCAGUGGACAAGCGGCUGCAGUCAGGCUUUGACGGGCUCAUGCAGGCAAUUGAGUCGCUGGCCACCAUGAGUGUUUCCCGCUCUCCUGGAGCCAAGCCAUGGGCCUCAAGCAACCGAGGAACAGACAAGGGAGUUACCAGCCAGAACACGCAGUCCUCAAGCCCCGUGCUGGCAUAUGACGGAGCAGUGACCAGUCAGGGGAAGCGCCAAACUGAGCCGAGCCAAGCUGCAGCUGGGGCAACAAGACAACCAGCAAUGUUUCCAAACACUCCAGGCGCUUCAACCGGUCACAGGCUCCCUGCUACAUCACCAGAGCACACUCAAGAGUACGCUCACAGAGCAGGGGUGCUGAGCUUGCAGCAGCAGGCAGCGUGGCUGUGGGACAGUGCACAGCACAUGGCUGCAAGGGGCACAAGGGCCAGCUCUGCAUCAAGCGAUGGGGACUCCCAGGCCAGAGGUAGCGGUAUAGAGCGUGACAGGCCGCAUCCAUUCCCGCCGGUCCAACUGCGUUCCGCGUCCCCCGGACGUUCCCACCGUCUUUCGUCCCGUCUCGUCGUUUGCGCAUCUUCCCGUCGCGGCGGAUCCCGACCUGCGCCGCGCGGGUUUUCCGCGCGCGAGGCGAUGCGCGGAGGGGUGGACUCGGAGGGGCGACAGUAUGCGUCGGCGGACGAAAUGUGGCGGCAGGAGACGGGGGAGCGCGCAGUGAGCGCGGGGGAAGGGGGAAGCGGGGAGGGCGCAAUGGAGGCGGAAAUGGGCGGGAAGAAGCGCGAAUGGUACGACAAGGGCGUCAAGUACUGGGAGGGCGUGGAGGCGAGUGUGGACGGCGUGUUGGGGGGCUACGGCGCGGUGAGCGCAACAGACGCGGCGGGCAGUGCAGCGUUCCUGCAGGAGGUGUACGGUGCACAGCUGGACGCUGCCCGCUCACAGGGCCGCCCGCUUGUUGCUCUGGACUGCGGGGCAGGCAUAGGGCGAGUGACCAAGGAGUUUCUGUUGCACGUGUUCAACGAGGUGGGUGGUGGGUGCUUGCACAUCGCACCACAUUGCGUUCCUGUAUGCCUGCAUUCCAAUGUGCAUGCGUUCCAACCAUCAGCAUCAGCAUCAGCAUCAGCAUCAGCACAUCAGCAUCAGCAUCAGCAUCACCGCAUCAGCAUCAGCAUCAGCAUCAGCAUCAGCACAUCAGCAUCAGCAUCAGCGCAUCAGCAUCAGCAUCAGCAUCAGCGCAUCAGCAUCAGCAUCAGCAUCAGCGCAUCAGCAUCAGCAUCAGCAUCAGCAUCAGGAUCAGCAUCAGCAUCAGCAUCAGCAUCAGCGCAUCAGCAUCAGCAUCAGCGCAUCAGCAUCAGCAUCAGCAUCAGCGCAUCAGCAUCAGCAUCAGCAUCAGGAUCAGCAUCAGCAUCAGCAUCAGCAUCAGCAUCAGCGCAUCAGCAUCAGCAUCAGCAUCAGCAUCAGCAUCAGCAUCAGGAUCAGCAUCAGCAUCAGCAUCAGCAUCAGCAUCAGCGCAUCAGCAUCAGCAUCAGAAUCAGCAUCAGCAUCAGCAGCAUCAGCAUCAGGAUCAGCAUCAGCAUCAGCAUCAGCAUCAGCAUCAGCGCAUCAGCAUCAGCAUCAGCAUCAGGAUCAGCAUCAGCAUCAGCAUCAGCAUCAGGAUCAGCAUCAGCAUCAGCAUCAGCAUCAGCGCAUCAGCAUCAGCAUCAGCGCAUCAGCAUCAGCAUCAGCAUCAGGAUCAGCAUCAGCAUCAGCAUCAGCAUCAGCAUCAGGAUCAGCAUCAGCAUCAGCAUCAGCAUCAGAAUCAGCAUCAGCAUCAGCAUCAGCAUUAGCAUCAGCAUCAGCAUCAGCAUCAGCAUCAGCAUCAGCAUCAGCAUCAGGAUCAGCAUCAGCAUCAGCAUCAGCAUCAGCAUCAGCAUCAGCAUCAGCAUCAGCAUCAGCAUCAGGAUCAGCAUCAGCAUCAGCAUCAGCAUCAGCAUCAGGAUCAGCAUCAGCAUCAGCAUCAGCGCAUCAGCAUCAGCAUCAGCGCAUCAGCAUCAGCAUCAGCAUCAGCAUCAGCGAUCAGCGAUCAGCAUCAGCAUCAGCAUCAGCAUCAGCGCAUCAGCAUCAGCAUCAGCGCAUCAGCAUCAGCAUCAGCAUCAGGAUCAGCAUCAGCAUCAGCAUCAGCGCAUCAGCAUCAGCAUCAGCAUCAUCAGCAUCAGCAUCAGCAUCAGCGCAUCAGCAUCAGCAUCAGCAUCAGCAUCAGGAUCAGCAUCAGCAUCAGCAUCAGCGCAUCAGCAUCAGCAUCAGCGCAUCAGCAUCAGCAUCAGCAUCAGCAUCAGCAUCAGCGCAUCAGCAUCAGCAUCAGCGCAUCAGCAUCAGCAUCAGCAUCAGCAUCAGCGUCAGCAUCAGCAUCAGCAUCAGCAUCAGCAUCAGCAUCAGCGAUCAGCAUCAGCGCAUGAGCAUCAGCACACCCUUUGCCUAAUUUUUUCGCCCUCCUCUUCUCUCAACCCUCCUGACCGUUCUCUCCCCUUCUGCACCCCUCACACGCGUGCCUGCACCGUUGCUGCACGUCCCUCCCUGCCGUGCCUGGUGGGCAGGAGUUCAGUCCAGAUGCAGAGCGUCCACCACUCCUCCACUCCCCACUUCACCUGCAACUCUUCCCUUCUCCGCCCCUCUUCCAUUCUCCACCUCUUUCUCUGCGCGUACUCUGCCCUUGCCUUGCUUGCAGGCAGGGCUGCGGCGGGGCGGCAUUAUAGUGCUCAAGGAGAACACGUGCCAGAAAGAGACCUCUUCAAACAGGCCAACCUGCAGCUCCUCAAAUCCAAGGUGCAGCGCGGUUUUCCCUCGGAGCUGUUUGUGGUGAAGAUGUAUGCACUCACAGCACAGCCCACGGCAGAUGCAGGAGUGGCGGGGCGCACACGGCAGCGCAGCAGGAGACCCAACCAACCAGCUGUCAUCUACUGA